AUGGUUUUUAGUCAUUGUUCAGAUGUUGAUAUGAACAGAGAGGAUGGCUUGCCUUGUACAAAUAAGGGCGGAAAAGAGAUCGAAGGAGGGUCGAAUCUUGAGCUGAAAGAAGGAUUAGAGUUCGAUUCUUUAGAUGAAGCAGAGGAAUUUUAUAAGGUUCAUGCAGCGCGGGUUGGAUUCGAGGUUAGGAUUGGUAAGUUUUAUCGGUCAAGAGACGACGGUUUAGUUUCUCAAGGUUUUGUAACUUUUGUUUGUUCAAAAGAAGGAUAUUCAAGAACGGGUUGUAAAGCGCUCAUAAGGGUUCAAAAGAAAAUGUCUGGAAAAUGGGUGAUUGCUACUGUGAUGACGGAACACAAUCAUGAUCUUGUGCCCGGGGGUGUAAUACAAAGGAAAGUAUGUCCAAGCUUAGAAUCAUCAACUACCCAAGGGAAACGUUUGAGCAGAGAGCACAACCACGAACCACUCGACUCUCAAGCCGACGAGACAAAUGACACAAUUAACCUCAACAGAGAGCACAACCGCAAACUCGACUCUCCAGCCGACGAGACAAAUGAAAAACUCGACCCUCCAGACGGCGAGACAAAUGACCAAGUUGACCUCAGUAUAUUGGAUCGUCAAAAUAAUAUCGGUAACGAUUGGUACACCCUUCUUCUCGAGUAUUUUCAGCGUCGUUUAAUGGUCGAUACAGGUUUCUUUUACGCGAUACAAGUGAACGGUGGAAGAUGUGGAAGCGUUUUCUGGGCAGAUGGACGAUCGAGAUUCUACUGCAGUCAGUUCGGGGAUGGGAUCGUUUUCGAUACAUCUUAUAGCAGAAAUACUCAUUUGGUUCCGUUUGCUUUCUUCACCGGUACUAACCACCAUAAGCAACCUGUCCUCCUUGGAUGUGCGUUGAUUGCGAAUGAAUCUGAGGAAUGUUUUACUUGGGUUUUCCAAACAUGGAUUAGGGCAAUGUCCGGUAAGCACCCAAUGUCAAUUCAAGCCAAUCAAGACUUGGCCAUUCAACAUUCGAUCGCUAAGGUUUUUCCUGAGACCCAUCACCUAUUCACCUUGUGGCAAAUGAAGGAGAACCAAGAAAAACAUUUAGGACAUCUUCUAUCGAUGAACAACUUCAAAUGCGAAUACAUACAUUGCAUUUCCGAGAGUCAGAACCCAGGCGAAUUCGAAUCAGCGUGGAAUCUACUCUUGAACAAAUACCAUUUGGAGGAGAACGUUUGGUUAAAGGAAAUGUACCGAAUGCGUAAAAGUUGGGUUUCGUUAUACUGUAAAGGGACGUUUUUCCCUGGCGCAAAAUCCUUUUUCGGGACCCUCCUAAUCGCGCAAUCUCCAUUGAAUGAGUUCAUCUCGCAUUACGAAACGACUAUCAAGCAACGUCUGGAGGAGGAAAGGAAGGAGGAUUUAAACUCGGUGAAUACUGUAACUGAGUUACUCACGAAAAACCCGAUGGAAGAACAUUGUAGAAGCCAUUACACGAAUGCGGUAUUCAAAAGUAUUCAGAAAGAGUUGAUGGAAUGCUACGGUUACGUCGCGAAAAAGAUCAGCAGAGAUGGCAAGACAAAUCGGUAUUUGGUGCAGAAGUGUGUGAAUGGAAACAUCGAGAGGAAUAUUGUCGAUAUUAAUCGUUUGAACCUUAACGUUAAGUGCAGCUGUAAGUUGUUUGAAUCCGUAGGUGUGUUGUGUAGACACGCUUUGAAGAUAUUCAACAUUAUGAAUAUAAGGGAGAUUCCAUCUCUAUAUAUAAUUCAUCGAUGGACGAAACGUGCGAAAUUCGGUAUUAUAAGAGACGGCGAUUCAUGCGAGGGAUUUCAAGAUUUGAAGAACUUGAUGGUUUGGGCUUUAAGAGAAGAAGCCUGUAACUAUAUUGAGGCGGGGGCUUCGUCUCUUGAAAACUACAAGCUUGCUUUCUUCACAAUGAAGGAAGUUGAAAAAACUCUAUGUUGGCCAGAGCCGUAG